CGUCGGUCGGUAUCUGUCCAAAAAUAUCAUUUUAACAACGCCGCCCCUCCACCUCCGUCCUUCUUCCCUUCCCCCCUCCGAUUUACCUACAACCCCGACUGGCCCAUCCUCACUACCACAGGGCGUCAGCGACUUUUUCUCCUACCGCAAUUGUUUACUGGCUCAACCUAAUACAUUCAAGGACUAUUAAAGUCCUCUUUCCAUUUCACCUGCUCUCCGCGGUUCAACAUCGACUUUUGCCCAUCAUGGCGUGGUCAAAGUCGACGCGGAUCAGCAUCAUGCUGGCCAUCGAUGUCGUCUUCUUCCUCGUUGAGCUGAUUGUUGGUUUGAUUGUCAAGUCGCUGGCCCUGACGGCGGAUGCCUUCCACAUGCUCAACGACAUCAUUUCCCUUUGUGUCGGACUGUGGGCUGUCGCCGUGGCAAGAAAGGCCACCACCGACAAGUACUCGUAUGGCUGGUUACGCGCUGAAAUUCUCGGCGCCUUCUUCAACGCCGUCUUCCUCAUCGCCCUUUGCGUCUCCAUCAUCCUCGAAGCCAUUACUCGAUUCUUCGACCCUCCCGAGAUCGACAACCCCCAGCUCAUCCUUAUCGUUGGUGCGUUCGGCCUCGCUUCCAACCUCGUCGGCUUCUUCGUCCUCGGCGGCCACGGCCACUCCCACGGCGGCGGCGACCACUCCCACGAUGAUGGUGAACACGAUCACGCCCACGCCCAUUCGGACGAGCACGCCGCCGAGGAAGGUCGCGCCAACUUCUCCAGCGUCGCCAACGACGACGAAGGCAACGUGGGUGAUAUUUUCCCCGAGGCCGUUGUCGCUAGAGCUACCGCUGCUGCCGCUUCUGAGACGCCUCGUCACAUAAGGUUCGAGCGGGAGUCCGACCCCGUGGGUCGAGCUCCGAGCCGCGCGUCCGCCGCCUCUAAGAGCCAUGACCGCCGCAGAACCAGCUCCCGACACCACUCGCGCCUUACUAGUAUCGAGGACAUUAGCAUCCACCCUUCGAGCUUCCGACAGGAGAUCAUCGACGCCAGCCGAACCCAGCUCGACGGCCAGGAUUCCACGAGUGAGAGCGAGGUCGACGAGACCGUCAUCGAUGAUGGUGAGCCCAACGAGCAAUCCCCUCUACUCGCAUCCAAGGGCAACAACCAGACCUAUCUGAUUGAAGAUCACCGCGGCCGUACUGCCUCCAAGCGCCCGAGACGCGAGUCCAGCCUUCACCACGAGCACAACCACAACAAGGAGCGCAAGAAGGCGUCGGGCGGCCACGGCCACGACCAUGGUGACAUGGGAAUGAACGCCAUGGUUCUCCACGUCAUUGGCGACGCUCUCGGCAACGUUGGUGUAAUUGUCACGGCUCUCAUCAUCUGGUUGACUGACUGGCCCGGCCGCUUCUACGCCGACCCUGCCGUCUCUCUGUUCAUUACCCUGAUCAUUCUCAAGUCGGCCAUCCCCCUCACCAAGGCCACCUCUAAGGUCCUCCUUCAGGCCACCCCCGACAACAUCGACCUCCAGGAAGUCCGCGAGGAUAUCCAGAAUUUGCCCGGUGUCCUCAGCUGCCACCACGUACACAUCUGGCAGCUCUCUGACACCAAGAUCGUCGCCUCCCUGCACGUCCACGUCAACUUCCCCAUCUCGGCCGAGGGUGGCGAGAAGUACAUGGAGCUCGCCAAGCGCGCCCGCAAGUGCCUGCACGCCUACGGCAUUCACGCAGCCACCAUCCAACCCGAGUUCUGCGGCGACGAUGAGCACCACCACGCCAACGAGGAGGAGCAGAUCGCACAGUACGACGGCGCCGCCUCUGUCGGCUCGCCCAAGCAGACUUGCUUGCUCGAGUGUGUGGACAACUGCGCGGCCGGCGGCUGCUGCUCCGAGUCGACAGCUGCUGGUAGUCUGCGUAGCCAGUCUGCCCACAGCCACGACGGCCAUGGACACGACCACGAUCACAGUCAUGACCAUGGCAACGGUCACUCGCACUCGCACGCGCACUGAUUUCGGCUCCGCUAUUCAGCCCCUCAUCUACACACACACACACAAACACCCUUAAUACCCCCAUUUCUAAGAGCGCGCGUACAUCCCCAAACACGGCCAGGGUUUUCUUCAUUGCCAUUACCUUAGAGGCGAGGCUUUUUGCUUUUUGUUGCUACUUCUUGAGCUGCCAAAAAGACCGGCGUUUACAGGCUGGGUAAAGACGGGCAGAGUGGAUAAACCAUUGACUGCAUUCUUGAAUCCAGUGGGCGGUGGGUUUGAUUUCCGGUUUGGUUUCCGGUUUAGGUGGCUUCGACGGAAUUGAGGGCAUCAUUACCGCACGAUUGGGGCUGUCACUUGCCUUGGUCUUCUCUAUCGUCACAUCUUUCCAAUGGAGCGGUGUAUCCUUUUCUUUUUCUAUUCCUUUUUUCUUCUCAUUUGUAGAACAUACUCGUAGCCUUCCCCUAUUAAGAACGGUUGGGCGCGAGGCAGCGUGUACAAUAGUUAUGCAACCAAAACCAAAAACACGAAAAAGCUAAAACCCA